CAGUAUUUGUUAGUUUGUCUUCAUUGCUUCGCUCCUUGUUCCUCGAGCUGCCAUGGCCCCUUGCCACAUGUCCCACAAACAAAUCAUUUAAACAUCUUUAGCUGGAAUUGGUUCUGUCCCCAUUGUAGCACACAACUGUGAAAAGUGAAAUGAGGGUAUUUGAUACAAAUGGAAGUAGUUACCUUGUGGGCUAAGGAGUUGUUACUUGUAACUUGUAAGUUGUAGCAUUCGAAUGAUCUCUUUAUCUAAUACUGUCCUAUUAAGAAAUGAGGAAAGCUGAGUAAUUUAAAGGUAGAAGGCUUAUCUAGACAAAAGCAAAAAGCGUAGGACAAGUAAAAGAUUUUGGUAUAUGAAUUGUAAAGUAUGAUUUUAGUACUUGUGAAUUUAAAAUUGAUGUUUUAAUGGAGGUCUUAAGGGGGGGGUUUUAGGUCUACCAACUGGUGGUUAGGGUUUGAAGCUCUGAAGCAAACACCAACACCAACCACCACGCCGUUCUGUUCACAGCGACUUUAGUUUUCAUGGAAUUUUGGGGCGGGUCUGCAGUUCGUCCCACGUGAGAAAGGUGGAAUAAUUUACACCCAUUUUAUUAGUUUUGUAACCUCCAAUUGGUAUCAAUGUAGUAUUUAAUAAUUGUUUUUUUAUUAUAUUUUUGUUGGUGUCAUUGUUCAACGAUAAGGAGGUCUUGUUUUGAGAUCUCUUGGGAUUGGUUUUGUCUCCGUUUUGGGGCUUCACUCGCUCUUGAUCUCCUCUGCUCCACUUUAGAGGCGCAAACUUCUGGGGUUUCAGACUGGAUGGAUCCGAGACAGAAAGUGAAGGAUGUCAAACAGUCGAAGAGAAGUCUUGCCAACUUUGAAUCUACCGGACCUAAAACUUGCUUCUUAUCCUGAACAGCCUCUUCUUCCUGGCAAUGUGAUGAUGUAUCCAAACCAGACAUCUUCUGCUGGGUCCUACUCAGGAUCUUCAUUGGGAGUUCUCCAUCUUAUCACAACCAUGUCGAAGUCCCAUCUGCAGGGGUAAGAAAUGAGGUGGUAUACAUUCCACCAACAGGUGAUGUCAGUAUGCAAUCUGUUGGUCUGCAGUUAAAAAAUGCUACAGGUGCUCCGACUGGCAAUUUUGUUACCGGAAAUCCUCAGAUAGUGCCAAGGACACAGCUAGGCAUUCUAGAUGCUGAACAGAAUUUGCUGCCUCAGCGAUUAUCUCUCAGCCUCAGCACACAGAUACCAUCCACAGUUCCACUGGCUUCAUUUCAGUACCAGUAUGUGAACCCAGGUCUCUCUUCACUUUUUGGUUCUCAUGUUUCAUCUUCAGCGGAGAGAACAAUAUCUUGUGAAGGUGAUGAAAGUUCUCAAGCUAAGGAGUUUAGAAAUGAUGAAUACCUACCAUCUAGUUUCCCAGGAACUGAUCAGAGUGCUGUCAAAACAGAGGCCUUGUGCAAUCCUCGAUACUCAGAAAUCCCUAAAGUAACUGGUGCUGAUCAGUGUCUCUAUGAAUCUUUUGGUCCUGCAAACACUGUCUUGAACUCCAAAUUCCUCAAGUCAGUACAGCAAUUGCUUGACGAAGUAGUUAAUGUCCGAAAAACUUUGAAGCAGCAGGAGUUUGACAAACACCAUAAGUUCCAUGAGAUUGGUUUAAAUGGCUCCAAAGAGAAUGAUGAGAGAUCCAAUAAUCGCACUAUACUUUCCUCACCAAUUGGGAGCUCUUCAGACCCUAAUGGGUUGGUUACCAAUUCCUCCUGUAAGCUUUCACCCACAGAACGACAGGAUUUGGAGCACAAGAAGGCCAAGCUUUUGUCCAUGUUGGAUGAGGUAGAUAAAAGAUACAAACAGUAUUAUGAUCAGACACAAAUUGUGGGAUCCUUUUUUGACAUGUUAGCUGGGUUUGGGGCGGCAAAAACAUACAUGGCACUUGCCCUGCAAAGAAUUUCCCGCCACUUCCGCUGUUUGCGUGAUGCAAUCAGUGGCCAGAUUCGAAUAACCUGCAGAAACCUUGGGGAGCAAGAUACUUCACCAAAUGGUCUAGGUGGUGGAAUGUCUCGUCUUGGCUAUGUAGACCAGCAGCUCAGACAACAGAGAGCUCUUCAGCAGUUUGGUGGGAUGCGACAUGCGUGGAGGCCACAGAGGGGACUGCCUGAAAGUUCUGUUUCAAUCCUUCGCACAUGGCUGUUUGAGCACUUUCUUCAUCCUUAUCCAAAGGAUUCGGAGAAAAUCAUGCUAGCUAGGCAGACCGGCUUGACCAGGAGCCAGGUUGCAAACUGGUUUAUAAAUGCACGGGUGCGUCUUUGGAAGCCCAUGGUUGAGGAGAUUUAUAAAGAAGAGAUUGUUGAUUCAGAGACAAAGUAUAAAUCUUCCCCAGAGAGUCCUCCAAAAGAACCAAGAGAUGAUUCCUGGGCAUCUGAGGAUAAGGGAGAAGAGUUGCAAGAAACUAUGACAUCCACAGCAGCUGCAGGUGGCCACCUGGGUCAAUCACAUAACAUGACGUCUGAUUUUAUGCGUGAUGUGGAAAUGAAUGGGCCUACGGCAAGAAUGAGCUUUCAAAAGGGCGCCCAUGGAGAUGUGGACACAGAUUGUGGGAUAAUGAAAUUACAGGGCGAUCAAAACUCUAAUAUGGAUGACCAUAGCCUUUAUCUUGAUGAGUUUGUUCCAACCAACCAGAAUGGUGAUGGGAGUCUUAUGGCUGCAACAUACCACAUAUCAGAGUUGAGUGACCUAGGAGUUGGCAGUCAGGUGUCACUUGCAUUGGGGUUGCGGCAUUGUGAAAGUGAUGUGCCAUCCAUUUCUGGGGGGCCCCUUAUUAGAGGGGGUGAUAUUGCUGCUUCUGUGGGCCCUGACACUGCCGAAUAUAAUUGCAUGGAUUCAGGAAACCAGCGACAUAGGUUUGGCAAACCCCAUCUCAUACAUGAUUUUGUAGUCUGAAACAAAGCUUGCCCCCAGCUUUAUGAGAAAAAAUCUACCUUGUCAGAGAAGGGAAAAAUCUUUAGAAUAAGAAGAAAGAGAAAGGAAACGUAAUAACAACCCUUGAAGGGGUGAAGAACACGAGCAAUAUGAGAAUAGAUUUGGGUACCCAGUUGUAAUAUAACAAAGUGAUUCGUGGAAGCUUAGGCAUUUGUAAAUAUAAGGUGCAUAUAUGUUCUUGUGUAAUAUGUGAAAUAACGGAAGUUCCACACUUAAUCUCUAGUGUGAAAUUGUUGGAUACUGUCUAGUGGGACAUUGAUGUAUACUUUGUAGUGGGAUAUAUCAUCUCAUUUGAAAUAAAUCUGACAUAAGAAUGAAUGGGUCGUGCUGUAUUGGUUUGGAGAUUC